AUGUCCACUAAUUUAGGUAUUGACGAAGAGAAGAACGUUCAGCAGGACGAAGUCAAAGUUCUUGAUGUUAAUCCUGCUGAGUUGACUGAAGAGAAGCUCGAGAUUUACGAUGUGGCAGCUGCUUUCUUGGCGGAAGUCGCGAAACGACCCAAUGCGGCCGAGCUCCUUGCACCGUGGACCCCAGAGGAGGAGAGAGCCGUGAAAUGGAAGAUUGACCUCAUCGUCAUGCCUUUGAUAUGGCUCGCGAACCUCAUGAGUGGCACAGACAAGGUCUUGCUCGGAACUGCAGUCACAUUCGGCCUACGUACUGACCUAAAAUUGGUCGGACAACAAUAUUCAUGGGCAAAUUCAGCAAUCUACUUCACCUGUAUCGCAUUUGUGUUUCCUCAAUCAUGGAUCUUCCAGAAAUUCCCCAUUGGCAGAACAAUCGGGUUCAACGUCUUUUGCUACGGUAUAACUACGUUCGGUACAUCUGCAGUGAAGAACUUUGCUGGACUCAUUGUCUGCCGUCUGUUCCUGGGGGCUUUUGAAGGUGCAGGUCAUUCGGCAACCGGUAUGGUGAUCUCCAUGUGGUGGCGCAAGUCGGAGCAGGGAUGGCGUACCGGAAUGAUGUUUAGUACCUUGUCCUCUGUCGUAAACGGUCUUCUGUCUUUUGCCCUUCAGUUCUACAACCCUGGACCUAUCGCAAGAUGGAGACUGCUCUUUGUUCUUAUGGGCUGCUUCUCAGUUAUGGUCGGAACCGCAAAUUUCUUUGUGAUUCCCGCUAACCCUGCCGAAGCUUGGUGGUUGAACGAUCGACAGAAAGUUAUUGCCAUCCGAAGAACAGCUUCUAACCAGACUGGAGUGAUGAACCACAAAAUCAAAUGGGAUCAAAUCAAAGAGGCUUUGCUCGAUGUGAAGACUUGGUUGAUCAAUGUCAGCUUGAACAUUCCCAAUGGCGGUCUUAUCGGCUUCAACUCGCUCAUCGUACAAUCUUUGGGCUAUACUGUCAAAGAGGUCACGCUCCUGGCGAUCCCUACAGGAGUAAUUAGUUGGGUUUCCUCACUUGCCUUCGCCAGGCUGGCCACGAAGACUAGACAGCCAACCCUUUGUACCAUCGCGGCCGUUCUCGUUUGUCUCACCGGAACAAUCAUGUUGAAAGAAAUCCCAAGGAGUAACAAAGGUGGAUCCCUCGCCGCACUAUUCAUCAUGUAUUGCUACUGGGCUCCUUACAUUAUCUUCGGAUCUUCCAUCCUCUACGCCAAUGUUUCAGGAACCAGCAAGAAAGUUGCUGUCUUUGGUAUCAGUUACUGGGGUUACUGUGUCGGCAAUUUGAUCGGACCGCAAACUUUCCGUACUCCCGAAGCCCCCCUCUAUCGAAGCGCAGUCAUGUCGAUGCUCAUUUUCUACUGUCUGUCCAUAUUAUUCAUCGCUGCUUAUGGAUUUAUAUGCUGGCGGGACAAUAAAAGGAAGGUCAAGGAGGAGGAGAUCUGGAGAGCUUCAAGACCUGAUGAUGGUGUGGCGGAGGAAUGGAAGGAUCUUACGGAUAAACAGAACCCAUUAUUUAGAUACUCUUGGUAA